AUUGUCGCCUUUCGCCGUCCCUUCGUCCAUCGGAUCUGCCAUCCUGACGACGUGGCUGGCACAAUAGCGUUGGCAUCAGGGUCAACCCUCUGAUCAUCGUGUGACCGCCAGCAUGUCCAAGAAGGGCGUCGAUUACUCGAAAUGGGACAAGCUGGUGGAUGACAAGAGUGACGAGGAGGAAGUGACCGCGCCGAGGAGGGCUCCCCUGGGCCAGCUCCCGUUCAGUCUCAAUGCGUCGGAUACCCAAGCGGCGGACGUCAGGGCAAUCAUGCGAGCCGCCGAGCAGGCCCUCAAUGCGAUGAAUCUCGACUACACGGGCAGCACCAGCAGCAGCACCCGGGACAGCAGCGCGGCACGUGUCAAGCCCUCGACCAGCUCAUCCAGCGGCCCCCCGCCAGCGGACGGCCGUUUGCCAUUCACCAAGGCCGAGAUGCACAACUACAAGGUGCGGUUUGAUGCGUCGGCGCCCGACCCCUCUCUCGAGCUCCACAAAUGCGUCGUGUGCCGCAAAUCGCCAGCAGCGGGCGCACGGUUCCUGCUGUGCCAGCGGUGCCACGCCAUGCGGUACUGCAGCAUCGAUUGCCAGCGGGAGGAUUGGGACACGCGGCACAGGGGUGAGUGCGGGGACGCCAAGUCGCUGUUUGAGGGCCACCAGUUGAGGGGCAAUGAGCAUGCUGUGCGCUACGUCAAGGGUCGGCUGGAUCCCGACGCCUUCUACCGGCUGCAGCGGGCCAAGAACGCGGCGAUCCAGCGAGAGGUGCCCCGGAGCCCGGCCCUCAACAACACGCGGCUCGUCAAUCUGUCCGCCUACUUCCUGACGCUGCCCAAUGCCGCGCAGUACAAGGAGUGGUGCGGCAUUCAGCUAAGCCGGGGGCCCAACGGUGACGAUGUGCCCGGCCCGUCAAUCGCUGACCCUGCAGUCAUGGCGAUAGGCCCCACACACUUUCAUACCGCCUACCGCAUCGCGCCCCUGUCACUGGUCGAGGCCGCUCGUUCCGAUCUGCCGCUUCCGCUUCAUCUGCACACGCGGGGGAGGGGCGUGGCGGUGGUCAAGCGACUUGUCGAGGACAUAGUACACGGGCACAGCCGUGACGGAGGGUUCCUCAAGGCAUUUCCUGCUGUGCCCUGGCCCAUCAUCGAGGGGCAUGUCGACAUCUUCUUCUGGCGUGGCGACAAAAUUCAAGUGCAGAUCGGCGAGUACGCACUUGGCGGGCGUGGGAGGGACAAACACAUGGAUACUGCAUGUGACGCUGUCUUUGUGUGUGUGUGUGUGGUGGAUGUCACCCACAGAGCCCCGUUCGUCCCGGAGCUCACGAUAGAGUGUCUGUUCAUCCCCUCGCAUAACCUCGUUGUGCGCUCAGCCCUUCUCCACGCAGCCUGUGCCGUGUUUGGCCAGGCAGGCUACGAUGAGAUAGACCGGCUGCUGCCCCUCAGUGCUAGCAAAGCCUACAAGAUCGUCAGCCUCAAGGCUCAACUCACGCGUAAGGAUCCUCACAGCAAUCCAUUCACACACGCCGAUGUCCAUUCCUUCCCGUGUGUGUGUGUGUGUGUGAGCGAUUGAUUGCAGGUGGAGAGUGGCAGAGGGACAUCAUUUACGAGAUCAUGAGCACGGAGGGGCUGCCCGCGGCGCUGAUCAAACUAUACCACGACCGGGCAAAGGAGGUAUGCAGGCCUCAGCACCCCUCAACGUCUACCAAAGCAUACCUCUCUGUCUCUCUGUCUCUCUCUGGCUGUCUGUCUGUCUGUGCGUUCUGUGUAGUUGGGCGUCGAGGUUGGGGCUGUGCAGCGUGAGUUUCGCAUGGAAGCAUAAAAAAUUCACGGAUGUGUUCCGGUGAGUGUCUCUCCCCUUCAUUGUGUGUUAUUGGUUUCUGAUCAUUGGCCAAUCUGUCUGUCUUUCCGUUUUCCUGUCUGUGUGUACGAAGGUGGCAUCUGGUCAACUACGCCAAGGACUUCCGGCCGUUCCCCUUCGGCAAGUCCUUUGCGGAAUUCGCCGACGUGACCGACGGCGAGCUGCGCCGCAUCGAGACGGAGCUAGAGGCGAUGAACCUGCAGUACCCGCCCCAGAUUCAGGCCAUCCGUAGCUGCCAGCCUGCCGACUACUACGAGCACAUAGAUGGCCCUCUGCUGACGACGAGUGACGGCCACAGAGUGUCCGAAUUAGAUGUCCUGCUGAGCACUCAGGGCCUCGUGUAGAGGAAUGGAGGAUGAGUAGACAGGCGG